AUGGCAUAUGCCGGAGCUUUCUCUGGACAGAUCCAGCAGAAUAUGAGAGGCAGAUUUAGCAUGCGAGAUGCUUAUAAUUCUCUUCAAAUGCAUAACAACCGUGUCAGUUGGAGAAGUAUCCUUUAUCACAAUAUUGCGAGACCGCGAGCAAUUUUUAUCCUCUGGUUGGCUUGUAAUGGCCGGUUGGCUACAAAAGAUAGGUUGAGGAAAUUUGGUAUGUUGGAGUCGGAUGAAUGUUGUUUCUGUCACAACCAAGAAACAAUACAACACCUCCUUUUUGAAUGUCAUAAAAGCAAAGCUGUUUGGAAAGAAGUUUUGGAUUGGUUGCAAAUUCAACAUGAGCCGUUAUCAUGGGAUGCAGAGCUGGCUUGGAUUACUCAGAUUUGCAAGAGAAGAAAGUGGAGAGGUCGCAUCCUUGUGUGCGCUGUUGCUGAAACCAUAUAUGCAAUAUGGAGACUUAGGAAUGACACUGUUUUUGGUCAUGAUGUGAAGAAUAGCAUUGGGAGAGAGAUUAUUGAUACCAUUGUGUAUAGGUGCUGGGAAAAUGUGAAACUCAGACCUCAUUUAGCUACACAGAUGAUAUAG